AUGGCUGUCAUUCAUCCUGGACGAUCUGGGCCUUAUAUGGAACUGCAGAUGGGGUCAAGGCCUGACUCGGAUUUUGAUUCAGAUUCUGACAACCCAGUCUUCAACAGCACCAAACCUGGUUCUGGUUAUCCUGCCUGCUCCCAAGUGAUCCACAGUGGUCACUUCAUGGUGUCAUGUCCACACAGGGACUUGGUGCCCCGUCGGCGCCAUCAUCAGGCGGAGCCAGAAGUCCCUGAUCCUCCAAGCAUUGAUCCCACUCUCACCCGCCUGUUUGAGUGCAUGAGCCUGGCUUACAGUGGGAAGCUGGUAUCCCCCAAGUGGAAGAAUUUUAAAGGAUUACAAUUGCUUUGUCGGGACAAGAUCCGCCUCAACAAUGCCAUUUGGAGAGCUUGGUACAUCCAGUAUGUGGAACGCAGGAAGACCUCUGUUUGUGGAUUUGUUACUCCUCUAGAUGGGUCUGAAGCAGAUGAGCAUCGAAAGCCAGAAGCAGUUGUGUUGGAGGGGAACUACUGGAAGCGACGGAUUGAGGUGGUAAUGAAGGAGUAUCACAAGUGGCGGACCUACUACAAGAAAAGACUCCACAGGUUUAGCCGGGAAGGGGAAGUUCCCAGCCCAAAACCGGAAGAUGUACCUUGGCAAUCGACAGAGAAUUGGUGUAACCAGCUCUUCUCCAAUGUGGUGCCAAUGCUGCUGCGGGAUAAGGAGGAGGAAGAGGAGGAGGGAAGGCAACUCUUUGAUAUGGACAGUUUCCUCUCAGACAUCUCGGACACCCUGUUCACCAUGACUCAGGGCAACUGUCCCCCUCAAUCAUCAUCAGAAGAAGCUUACGUUGGCAACGCUGACAUGAUCCAACCAGACCUGGCCCCGCUACAGCCAAAUCUUGAUGAUUUCAUGGAGAUAUCUGAUUUCUUCUCCAGCCCUCGGCCAGUGCCUGCACAACCCCCUCUGAGCUACACAGAUCAGCCUUGCUUUGUGCCAAUACCAGACACCCUUUUUGAUAGUGGUGGUAGCAACCUUCUUCCCAGCCCGUCCAAUGCCUUGCUUCCCACAGGCUCUGCCAGUUCUCCUGUCUUGAGCAGCCCUCGUCUUCAGACUGAGAGCCGCAGAAUCAUCCACAUUUCUGCUGAACAGAAACGCCGUUUUAACAUCAAACUGGGAUUUGAUACAUUACAUGGCCUAGUGAGCACUCUGAGUGCCCAGCCUAGCCUCAAGAUCAGCAAAGCCACAACCCUGCAGAAAACAGCAGAAUAUAUUUCCAAGCUGCAGCAGGAACGGGCUACCCUGCAGGAAGAAGCCCAGCGCCUGCGGGAUCAAAUUGAGGAGCUGAACGUUUCCAUCAACCUCUGCCAGCAGCAGCUGCCUGACACAGGGGUGCCCAUCACCCGCCAGCGCUUUGACCAGAUGCGACAUAUGUUUGAUGAGUAUGUCCGUUCGUGCACCUUACAGAAUUGGAAGUUCUGGGUUUUCAGCAUCAUCAUGCGGCCUCUCUUUGAAUCCUUCAAUGGGAUGGUAUCCACCACCAGCCUAGAAAGCCUUAGUCAGACAUCUUUGGCCUGGCUGGAUCAAUACUGUUCACUUCCGGCACUACGACCCACUGUACUGAGCUCCCUUCGCCAACUGAGUGUUUCUACUUCAAUCCUGACCAACCCAUCUGGCAUCCCGGAACAGGCUACCCAAGCAGUGACAGGAACAAGUACCAUUGAUGGCUCUUCCUAG